AUGCGCUUACUCAGCAGUCUCAUCGGACUUUCGUAUACCCUUGGCGCCUUUUCUAGUGUCAUUCUAGAUGGGAGGGAUGGGGCGCGAGACGAAGAUGCGGGUGCCAUUGGGCCGGAUGCCGAUCUGUAUAUCGGAAACAAAGCCAUUUCUCCAGACGGGUUUACGAGAUCUGCCGUGCUGGCGGGAUCAUCAAUGGACUCUCUUUCGUUCCCGGGGCCUGUCAUCACUGCUACUAAGGGAGAUACCUUUCAUUUGAAUGUGAUCGAUGAGCUCAAAGACCCGUCGAUGAUGAUGAGUACCAGUGUGCAUUGGCAUGGCUUCUUUCAAAAACGGAGCAGCUGGGCCGAUGGCGUAUCUGGUGUAACCCAAUGUCCGAUUGCUCCUGGACACUCCUUCAUGUACGAGUUCAGUACGGGAGACCAGACGGGUACCUAUUGGUACCAUUCUCAUUUUUCGACCCAAUACUGCGACGGCCUCCGUGGGGCUAUCGUAGUUUAUGACCCAGAGGAUCCUCAUAAAGAUCUCUACGAUUUCGAUGACGAAUCAACGAUUAUCACGCUGGCGGACUGGUAUCACGCCGUUGCUCCUAUUACCCAACGCUCAGUCAUACCCAUUUUCAAUUCAACGUUAAUCAACGGACUGGGACGAUAUGCCGGAGGCCCUGCAUCACCCCUAGCAGUGAUCAAGGUCUUACCAAACAAGCGCUAUCGAUUCAGAUUGGUUUCCGUCUCGUGCAGUCCAAAUUAUAUCUUUUCCAUUGACGGACAUCCUAUGACAAUCGUAGAAGCUGACUCAGUCAACGUCAAGCCAUUUGUGGUGGAUCAAGUUCAAAUAUUUGCAGGCCAGCGUUAUUCGUUCAUUUUGGACACAAAGAUGCCCGUUGGGAACUAUUGGAUGAGAGCACUUCCCAACAUCGGCGACGUUACUUUUAAAGGAGGGGUCAACUCGGCAAUUCUUCGAUAUAUUGGAGCCCCAGAGGCCGAUCCGAUCACGCUUCCUUCUAAAGGUGUCCUUUUGAAAGAAACAGACCUUCAUCCAUUGGAAAAUCCUGCUGCUCCCGGUGCACCUGGUCGUGGUAAGGCAGAUGUUAACAUCAACUUGGAUAUCGAGUGGAGCAUGAAGACGCAGAAAUUCUACGUCAACAAUGCUUCAUAUGAGUCGCCUUCGGUCCCCGUUCUUCUCCAAAUUAUGAGCGGAAAGGAAACUGCGCAAGAGCUUUUGCCUGCAGGCUCAGUGUACGUUUUGCCCCCUAACAAGGUCAUCGAGAUAUCGAUGCCUGGUGGUUCAGGAGGAAGCCCACAUCCUAUUCACUUGCAUGGACAAAGCUUUUCCGUUAUUCGAAGUGCUAACAGCUCUAUUUAUAACUACGAAAAUCCUGUCAGACGCGACGUGGUAAGCAUUGGAGACACCGCAAUGGACAAUGUCACAAUUCGCUUCACGACGGACAAUGCUGGUCCCUGGUUUAUGCAUUGCCACAUCGACUGGCAUCUCGAGCGGGGUCUUUCUGUCGUGUUUGCCAACGAUGCACCCGCCAUUGAGGAUUCUAAGCCUCCUCCUAAAUCGUGGGACGAACUGUGCCCCAUUUACAACGCUUUGACUCCCCAGAAGUUCAAUUGA